AUGAUAUCGAGUCUCUUCUCCGGCAAACGCAGUCAGAAAGCCACCGAACGGAAGAAUCCUCUUGGGAAACUCCUCGGCAGUGACACAGUCAAGAGCAUCGUCAUCAAUGAGAAGGAUCGGAAGAGGCGCUCCAGACAACGUUGGGACUUGAGAAUCAGCGCUUCUGAUCCCGAGUUUCUGAAAGUCGAAUCUGAUUUCGAGCGUGCCCUGGCCGUGGUCAAUCCAGACCAGAGCAUUCAGGGUGUCCUCGAUAGACACUUUACGGCAUUCGAAAAGAAGCUGCUCACGCCAGUCGAUAAGAGACGCCACCCGCAGCUGUACAAGAUCCAAAGGCUGAAUCGCAAGCGCUUUCUCCGGCUACUCAAAUCACCGCGUUUCGAGAGCAGGAAGUCUACCGCGUCUCUAGCAUUCAAGCUCACUCUAUUAUACUUCGGCCUCCCAGUUGCGCCAAUGGGUUUCGGCAUCGGCAUCAAUGACAGUAUCGAGAACGAGGAACAGCUUGAAUUAGACGUCUCAGACGAUCACGACGACGCACCCAUGGACCUUGUGGCAGAGGAGCUCCGGCCAUUACGCUUUCUGAAUGCGUACCAGAACCGGAUGUGGGGGGCUGAUUCAUUGCGUGACGGAGCAGAAGACUUGGAGGUUUACUAUAGUGGACCGCGGUUCAAGCCGUCUAAUCUCACCAGAAAGUUUGGUACAACGAAAUCCAUGCGAGAAGCAUUGAACCUGCGUGGCGGUGGCCUAGUCGAGGAAGAUGCGGACAUGGCUGCCAUUGAAGACGAAGCGCCGCCUGAUGAAAACCAGCUCACGCUUCGUGGAGGAGCUGGUAACGAAACGACAGCGCCCAUGAUCCUUUAUGGUCUGCAAGGCCAGACUCAGUUUGAUAUGACGAUACCGCGUGAUUUCUUCGCCGCAGUCAACCGUCUCCUGGGACUCACCGACCGCAACGUCACCGUUUCUUUUGCUUUGUGGGAUAAGAAAGAGAGAAUCUGGUCUUCUGAGCUAUCAAGCUUACAGCUUGGCGACAAGCAGAGCGAGUUAGCUUAUUACGGCAACUUGUACGACUUCAUCAGUAGCGAUGAAUAUGACAACGAAAAUAAUGCCCUGUUUGUCUGGACUUGGGGUUCGGAUGUGCAGAAAUACCUCGAUUCUGUGGAACCCGAUCCCAAGAGGCAUCGUGUCGCCCGCUUCACGCUGAAAGACUCACACUUUCACGAUGUCGCUUACCUCUCUAUACCAGAAAGUCACGAGGUACACGCCGGAGCGAACUACUAUGAAGACUGGUUCAAGGCAAUUCUUCGCAUCCUAUGCCGCAUUGGGGAUGGAGAAAUCGGUGAUAAGAGUGUCAGCCCAUAUCUCUCCAAUUUCGUCCGCCUGGUUCACCAGAAUAAUCCUAACACGUCAUACGGUACGACAAGUUGGCCUAGAUUUGUGUGGGAGAACGUCCAUGGUAUGUGGGUGGAAGACCUGGCAGGCCGCUUCAGGGACGCGAUCCAAGGGCGUUUGUGGAACUUGUGGAAGAGUCCUUGCCAAAAUGGAGAGGAUGCUAAGAGCUUCGACGAGCUCAAGAAGACAAUGCAAGGAAGUUCGCUAUUGACUGGUCGGGCGCUGUGGGAUGACUACGAGGCAGUCGCUCCCAAACCCCCAAACCACUUCUUCCAGUUCCGACUCGACGAUACAUGGCAAAGUUUCGAAGACAGGGUUGACUCGCAGAUUGUCAAGAAAAACCCCAAGCUUGCACAUCUUCAGCGUGGAGACUAUGGCAUCCAACUCGACGAAAGAGAUGCGUAUGAUGAAAUGGGUUCAAUCAACCGCAUUGCUUACGACUUCUUCACUGAGAAACAAGGCACCAACACUGGGGAAAACGACCUUUUAUGGAGCCGAUUCACGAAGCGUAUCUCUCGGUCCAAGGUCUACGUUGAGAUCUUCGAGGUUGCCAAACAUCCCGCCAGACUAAGAGAGGCCAACCCAAGCCAAUGCAUCUUCGGUUAUCAGGACCCAUAUCGAGAACGCCCGCGCUUUAGUGUCCUGUCCACUGUUGAAGUAGAACCUACACCUGAUCCACCCAAGGACACGGACAAAGGGGACGACAGCGAUGAUGAGCCUCCCCCGCUACCCUCUAUUGAGGAGGCAUUGGCACUAAAUAAGCCUGUUGGUGGUACAAGUUCAUCAAAUACCACUGUUCCCGUCCCGAGUGUUCCUGUUACAACCACUCCUAUUACGGGUGAGAAGCAGCCAUUGUCUCAGCAUACUCCAUUACCAGAGAGCGAAGAGGACAAGGCCAGUCGUAUCAAAGCCUUUGAAGCACCGGCUCAGCGCAAGCCAUAUGACGAGAACCCGCCGCCUCGACUCGCGGCAAUGAGCGAGUUCGAGCGUGGCAGGCUGGCUCGCGAAUGGUCUUACGGCCGACCGUUGUCUGUGAACGCCGAGGGCUUGCCGCCUACCUUCCCCAUCAAUGCCCCUCCCGUAGAACACAUCAUCAGGACCAAUAGCUCAAGUAUGCCAGCCGUUGCAGCUCAGCUGCUCACCGCUUCUGAACAGCGCAGGCUGCAGGGCAAUCUCUUUGAGAUGCGGCAGAUCGCGCUGCAGAGGACACAGAAGUGCCCUUACGACUCCUGCGAGAUAUACUUCCCCCUUGCGGAAAAUUGGCGACUCCAGGGACAUCUCAAAAAGCAUCACACCGGCAAGGAGUGCCCUUUCUGUCCAGAAAUUCUCUACGAGCACUGGAGUCCGGCACAGCAACGCAAGCAUUUUGAGGAGAAGCACGCCGACCACUUCUCUCAGAAGGGUGAUCUGGCGAGAGACUCUUCUAUCCAAGUCAAGGAUCUCGAGCGAGUCCACCCUCGCGAGCAGCAAUACAACUUCUGCCCUCGCUGUGGACGCAACCAUCACACUCUCGACAGCAAGGCCGAUCGCACGCAGCAUGACAAUCAUUGUUUCCCCGGUAUGAGCAUCACCUUCAAGCCCCACACAUGGUGCGUUGACUGUGGCGAGGCCAUUGACAAGAACCCCCAUUCUGCGGGUCUGUCCGGCAACGCGCCAGAUGCCCACAUGUGCACUAUGGACAAGAGCCAGGCUGCCGGAAAGGCAGAGCACCCUUACUGCGAGCAGUGCGGAUUGGCAUGUGGUCUGUUCUCUAGGCGCUAUGCAUCGAAGCACUUGCAUCACUGCAAGGGCCACGGAGCAGAGCUGGCCAAGUUCUGCCCAUGGUGCGGUGUCGAUAUGGGUCUCGACAGCAAUGUGCGCCUUGCCCAUCUCGCCGGGUGCAGCAAGUGUCCCAUCGGUGCUGAGGGUCCCAUCGACAUCUCGACUGGCGACCCGACGCCGAGCCCGCUGCUGAACGAGGAGAUCUUGCGGAAGAGAUUCUUCGCUAGCAAACCUGGCACCGUCGAGAUUCCCAAGAAGUGCCCCUUCAAUGACUGCCAGACCGACAUGUCAUUCCUGAACGCGAACGGCAUUUUCCGCCACUUCCUCGACAAGCACGGCGAUGUCCUCGGGAACGUGGACACUUGCCCCUAUUGCGAGCUUGACUUUGAUAAGCGAGGUUGGAAGACCAGAGUGGACAAGGUCGCCCACUUUGACGACCAUCUGAGCAAGUACCGCAGCCGGAUCGCGGCGGAUCGGACCAUCAGCACACUGUCUGAGUUGGAUCCUCUGGUCAUUGCAGCUCGCAGGAACCGCGACGCCGAUAUCGUGGACCCGUUUGCGGAGCAGACUGGCUUGGAGGGGAACUACGCCGCGUCUCGAGUCGAGCUGCAUGCUGCGCUUAAUGACUUGAAUCAAGUUACAGAAGAGCUGAAUGCGCUCAAGAAAAAGCUGAGCAGUGGAGCCAACAAGUCAUCGAAGGAGAAGGAGAAGGAGAAGGAGAAGGAGAAGCAAGAACAAGAAAAGAAGAAGAAGCAAGAACAAGAGAAGAAAACGAAGGAACAGGAGGAGAAAAAGAAAGAGAGCCAGAAGCAGAAGCAGGAACAGGAAAGAAAGGACAAGGAAAAGAAGGAACAGGAGAAGAAGGAUGAGUCCAACAGCAGUACUACAGGUGAGUCUCUGAGAUCUGAAGGGAAACAUGAUGAGAUGACUGACUUCACUGUCUUCAAAGGUAAAGAUCCGGCCGGCCCCAAGACCCCUCCACCAAAGCCACCAGGCUCGGUGAAUAGAACACCAAAGGAGACCCCGAGCACCCCCAAGCCUAAGCCCAAGCCGGGUAAGAAGCCACCGGCCAAGCCCUCAAGAAAGCGCAAGUUCGACGACGAUGGAACGUUCAAGCCGGGCGAGAAUGAGGCUGAGUCUGAGGAUGAGCUUGCUGGGCCCCCGUCGCAGAAGCCGAAGGAUGGCUCGAAUGGCAAGAAGCCCGCCCCUAAGCCGCCAGCUGCUGGCGAGAAGGAUCCCACGUUUAAACCGGCACGGCGGCUGUCUGAUGGCGACGACGACUACACAGAAGGUCUAGUUCCGGAGCCAAAGCCGGAUAUCGAACUGGAGCGUCCGGAGGCGCCCCCGUCUCAGAAGAGACCACGCGUGGAGCCGAAGCCACCGGCUAAACCGGCCAAACCAGCCCAAAAGAAGCCUGCAAAGCCGGCGACAAAACCUCCAGCAGCUACUUCCGGUCGGGUUACUAGGUUGGCCGCGAAGAAGCAGCGGGAGGAUGCCGAGAAGGCAAAGAAGGCUCCUUGA